AUGAAUAUUCUUCAGUAUGCAACAAAUUCUAUUUCUAUAGAAGAUGGUGAACGAUUAGAAACACUUAAUCGUUUUGGAACUGGUAACACAUUGAAGAAACGUAAGGAUGAAAAAGUGAAAGAAGAAGUUAAAAAUGAAGAACCAAAAAAGAAAGUUAAGGAUGAAAAUGAAAAGGAAAUAUUGUUGAAGACAAUUUAA